CUACCACUCACCAGAUUAUUCACAGUAUGAUCUUUGAGUCGUAAUGUCUAUCAUCAACCAGGAAUUUUUCAGUAAGUUAAACUUUAAUACUGUUAUACAUUUUUAUCUUUGAUAAUCAAAAAGUAUUACCUUAAACAAUAUUUUGUUUUAUUUUAAUAUUAGGUGUAUCAAUACUACGCUAUUAAAUUUUUCUAUUUUUAAAAUUAAACACAUACCAUGUUUUAACUUAUUAAUUUAAAAUAAAUUUACCUAUAUAUAUAUAUAUAUAUAUAUAUAUAUAUACAUACAUAAUUUACUUGAAAUUCUAGGAUACUUUGCAGUAUUGGCUAUGUGCAGCAUGGCCUUUGCUGAUGGUGGUAAUGGGGUGGUUGUAACCGCUAGAUCUAACGAUGAUUGUCAAGUAACACCUGUUAUCCAUGUUUUACAAUAUCCAGGAUGUGUACCUAAACCAAUACCUUCGUUUGCUUGUACAGGACGUUGCAGUAGCUAUCUUCAAGUAUCCAUAUUAUAUAUUUAAGGGAAAUGAUUUCAUAGUAGAUAGCAAUAAAAUGUUUUUUUUUUUUAUUAACAUUCAAUAAGGUUUCCGGUUCUAAAAUAUGGCAGAUGGAAAGGUCUUGCAUGUGUUGUCAAGAGAGCGGUGAACGAGAAGCUUCAGUAUCAUUAUUUUGUCCAAAAGCUAAACAAGGCGAGAAAAAAUUUAGAAAGGUAUAUAUAAUCUGAUUAUAUUUAAAAGGGUUUUUAAAAUAUUAAAAUAAGUUGUUAAAAAAAAUGUUAUCUAUAUAAAAUUCAACAAAACUAAAUGUUAAGAAAAAAAAUAGGAAGUGCAACCAAUAAUUAUUAUACUUAAUAAUUUAAUAAUCGAUUAGUAAACCUAAUCGAUAAAUAUGUUCAAUUGAUUUAUAUAUAGUUUACCUUACUUUACCUAUACUUACCUUUUAUUGUCUCAUUUUAAAAUGACGGUGGUUUACAAUGCAUACUUUUGGAUAGUACGUGUAGUCAAAUGAGAUGUAUUUCUAGGCCAAUUUUAGUUUCCAAUAGACUUAUACAGACACUAUUUAGUAAAAAAAUAAGUAGAUAGCUUCAUUUUUUUGUAACAUCACGUUAAAUAAAAAUAAAUUAUUUGUAUGUAGUAAUUUUGAAAUAGUAUAAAAUUAUACUAUACAUUUAUAUUAUUUUGAAUAAAAGUUUUAGUAUUUUCACACUUAGAAAAAAAUUUAAAAAAAGACAUACUAGGAUAAUAAUUCUAAAAUUGUAUCACGUUUAUAAAUAAAUAAAUAAAAGUUUUCCGCUCAAAUGUCAAGUCUCUACGAAUAUUUUUAACUGAAUUACAAUAAAUAACAAAAUUAAAAAAAAAUAAAAGCAUUAUUUUCGUAAAUUUCCAGUUUUACAUAAGUUUUAUCCUGAUUUUUCCCAGAUAUUAUGAAAAUCAAAAAAUUACCUCCCAAAAGUACUAUCUGGACAACAUUUCCUUUUAGAAAUGGUGUUCCGUGUAUAUAUCGAGAUUUCUGGUAGAAUUUUUGUACACAGGAUAAAAAAAUAAAAAAUAAUAAUUAUCUUAGUAAAACCAAAACAUUCUUUGCUAUACUCAGAAUCUAAAAAUAACAAAUAGGUAGGUAUUAUGUGUAAGUAAUUAUUAGAUAAGGCACAAGGCCAGAGGGCAGUAACGUAGUCAGAAUUUAUCAAUGAGGAUGUUUUAAAGGGUCUAGAGAUGAAUAGUGUCCUACAACCUUUUCAACCUUACCUAAAACUAAAAAAGCAAUAAGGGAGGGGGAGUCCAACCCUCUCACGACUACGCUACUGCAAAAGGUCUUGGAUAAACAAUUUUUUGAAAAUACUGUUUUUAUGCAAAACAAUUAUAAAUCUAUUCCUAUCAUCUUAAAUAUUUGCUUAAUUUUUAUGACAGGUAACUACGAAAGCUCCAUUGGAGUGUAUGUGUCGUCCAUGUACUGGUAUUGAGGAGAGUGCGGUAAUUCCUCAAGAAAUGUCCAACUAUGCCGCUGACGAACCACCAAUCAAUGGACAUUUUGCUAAAUCUAUUUAAAUUAUUGAUCAAUAAACAAUGAAAGUGUUUAAAUUUAUUUCAUUUUUUUACAGCUUAAAAAAAUUAUUCAUCUGCCAUGUUCGUAUCUAUAAAAUAUGUAAUAUUUUAUUCAGUCAUAUAAUGUUUUAAUUGUUAUAUAAUUAUAAUGAUUUAUACAAUAA